GUCUUGUUUCGGGUGAUGCCUGAAAGGGAGCUGUGGCCAGUGGGCCCCGGCGCGGAACCCGUGACCCGUAUUGGCAGCUGUGACAGCAUGACGAGCACCAACUCCACUCACUCAGAAUUUAGUGACGGCAGCUACGACUUCCUAUCAGCAGAAGAGAAAGAGUGUCUGCUUUUCCUGGAAGAGACCAUUGGCUCCUUAGACAAGGAGGCUGAUAGUAGCCUCUCUACUGACGGGUCUGAGCCAGCCACGCCCCGAGACCCAAGGCCACAGCCUGUUCUCCAGGGCUCCCCAGAGGAAAGACUGACUCAGGAGGUAUCCGAGCAGAGGAGAGACGUUCAAUCUAGUCUAACCCGUCUCCGCCAGACCCAGGACCUGGGCCUUAAGUCUGGCUCCCACAGCCUUCCCCGGAACAUCCAUAUUAGCAGGGACCAGAGCCUUCGAGAGGGCUCCCCCCGCCGCUCUAGUCAGUCUGAAGGUCAUAUCCCUAGAGGGCUUGUGUCAGCACCUUUGGGAAACAGAGGCAGCAGUGGAGCCCCACCUGUCUCCCCAGGGACACCUUCUGAAUUAGAGGAGGUACUCAUACCCCCACCAGAGGCUUUCCGGGACACUCACCGGGAACAAGAUACCAGAGGGAGCCUGUCCCUUAAAGAGAAGACAAGGCCAGGCCAAGACAACUUGCCCUGGCCCCACACAGCACCCAACACCCAGAAGAACGAAGCAUUUUUGAAGACCAUGUCCCAAGGAACCAAUGAAAAGGACUUGGAAGGGGUCCCGAAGCAGCCUGGGCUGCCUCCGACCUUGUCCUCAGAAAACCUGGGAUCUGGAGACUUUCCCCUUCCACGUGAGGAUGAUAAGAAUACUAAAUUUGCUCCCCCAACAGCCCCCAAAUCCCGGAAACUCCCUCCCAACAUUAUCCUGAAGACCAGCCGAAGUAACUUUCAUAGCGACCCUCAGAGGAUCUCUCACCGCUCUCAGGCUGCCCCAAGAGAUUCGACUCCCGAGCGCACGGGUUCUGUAUCCUCUGGGCUCCAGGAGCAGAGGCGGGCAAGACGAGAGGCACUAGAGAAGCUGGGACUUCCCCAAGACCAUGGCAAUGAGCCCAACCUCACUUUAGCUAAGUCUAGUAGCAUUCUCAAGUCCAAGCAAUCACCAGCUCGGACUCCCACCCCAGCCCCUGCUCCAGGCAUAGCUCCUACUGCAGACCGUGCUCCUGCUCCAGUCAGGGUUUCAGUUCCGGCUCCGGCUGCGGCUCCGGCUCCGGCUCCGGCUCCAGCUCUGGUUCCGGCUGCGGCUCCGUCUCCGUCUCCGGCUCCAGUCCGAGCACCUGCUCCAGUUUCAGCUUCCGGUGGAGUCCGGGCUCCAGUUUCAUCUCAAGUUGUAACUUCUGUCCCUGCCUCAGUUAAGGCUAAAGGUCCUUCAUCCACACCAAUCUCCAUCCCCAAGCCCACAAAAGUCAGCAGCGGCCCCCCAACUCAAUCAAGGCCAGACCCCAGACUGGCGCUCAAGGAGGGCUCUAUCCCUGGCAUUCGGCAGAUGAACUUCAAGUCGAACACCCUGGAACGCUCAGGGGUGGGGCUGAGUAGUUACCUCUUAGCUGAAAAGGACAACCCACCCCAAACCAGUGCUUCUCUGGGCAAGGUUUCUUUCCUGGACAAGAUCUCUCCCAAUGUUCUGCGCAACUCCAGGCCCCGACCGGCCUCUUUGGGCGGAGGGAAGGACUCUGCCAACAUCCAGGUAAGCAAGCUGGUAGAUCUGGAGCAAGAACGGAGCUCCCAACGUUUCUCCUACCCUGGACAGAGCCGAGACAAGCUACCCCGGCCACCAUGUGUCAGUGUUAAGAUCACCCCCAAAGGCAUUCCAGAUGAACACCGCAGGGAGGCCUUAAAGAAACUGGGCCUGCUGAAGGAGUAGACACCAGGGCUGCUGGGUGAGGAGAGGCAUCAGAUACUCCCAGAGGACUCUUCCUAGUUCUGCAGGGUUGGUUGGCUGUUGUCAUCCUUUGUUCUCAAAGAGGACCAAAAUGACAUCACUAUGUUAGAGUCAAGUUACAGUGUGUCCAACUGUGGCUAAUCAGACCAAUAUGAGCUCGGAAUGCUCUACCACAGGUACAGGCACAAAUAGUCUAUGUAAACACUUGGGGUGGCUUCUCUACAUUUGCGCAUCUUGCAUUUCUUUUGAGCUGCUUUGCUUCUGAAGCACAGCACCUUCUCUGAUGAGGGCACACCCAUGCUGGGGCAGUCCUGUGCCAGUGUCUCCCAUGUCAUGCAGUGUGACACUGGUGUGAAGGAUAUCCUUUGGAUGCUCUCAUCUUUCUUUCUAGAGAGU